CCUCCACUCUCCCACCUACCUAAUCCAUCCAGCAAUCACAUUUCAUAAUAACACAGAGCAGAAACAGUGGAACAAAAUGCUUCCUUGUCCGCAGUCAGAUCAACACCCAAAUCCAGAGCAUGCUCUGUUUCCUUCGGCCUCGAUCGAUCUGUUGAGAGAAAAAACACGCCACAUGAGCAUCCCUGUCACAACCCACGAUCCAGAGCCCGAAACAGAGGAAGAAAUGUCAAUGGCGGACAUAAUCAGAAUCGCAGCAGCUAGGUUCAUCGAUUCUUCCUCCACAGAGCCUGCCGACCCACCACCAUCUACAAACUCCGACGACGUGGAGCUCGUGCACCACCUUCUUCGCGCCGCCGAUGAAUUGGACCACAAGCAGUACGAGCAAGCGGCUCACUCCCUCGACCUCUGUGAAUUACUGUCCUCCGAGGCAGGGGAUCUCACCCAGAGAGUCACCCACUACUUCGUCCAAGCGCUUCGCGAGAAGAUUCGCAACGAAACAACAGCAGCAGCAACCCAGCAGCCGAAACCCGAUCUCAUCGACGAAUUGAAUCGAUUAAACCUCGAAGAGACAAUCACCGCAACAUGCCCAUUAGUCGGAGUCGUGUACGAGAAAAUCCCCUUCUUCCAAAUCGGUCAGCUCGCCGGUGUCCAGGCGAUCGUCGAAACCGUGGAGGAAUCGAAAAGGGUUCACAUAAUCGACUUCAGAAUCAGAAACGGGAUACAAUGGACGGCCCUGAUGCAAGCUCUGUCCCCUUCCUCAGACAGACGGCGCGUCACUCUGGAGAUUCUGAAGAUCACGGCCAUCGUCACGGUUUCAGAAAAUUUGGUCCGUGAAACAGGGGAAAGGCUAGCGAAGUUCGCCGAAUCGAUGAACAUACCCUUCUCGUUUAACUCCAUCGUGGUAUCAAGCUUGACCGAAAUCGACGAGACCCAAUUCGACCUCGAUCCCAACGAAACCGUGGCUGUUUUCAGCGAGUACGCAUUGCAGAGUCUGAUUCCCGACCCGAAUCAGCUGGAUGCGUUGAUGAGGGUCGUGAAGAACAUCCAGCCGGGGAUAAUGGUGGUGAUCGAAACAGAGUGCAAUCUCAAUUCGUCGAAUUUCGGUAGAAGGUUCGUGGAAGUUCUGUUCCACUAUGGCGCAUACUUCGAUUGCGUGGAUGCCUGUUUGGAAGGGGGAGAUGGUGGCGGAGAAAGGGGUUUGAUGGAGUCGAUGUUCUUGAGCCGAAUUGUGACGGGGCUCUUGGUGAAGGAGGGAAAAGACAUGGCGAAGUUCGUGACGGUGGAUGUUUGGAGGAAGUUUCUGAGCCGGUUUUCGAUGUGGGAGGUCCGGUUGAGCUCGUCGGCGAUGUACGUUGUGAAUCUGUUACUGGAGAGGUUUGUGGGAGGGAAGUUUUGUACGUUGGACAGGGAUGGAGAAAGCUUGGUUGUUGGGUGGAAAGGGACGCCAAUGUUCUCGCUUGCUACUUGGAAGUUCCUCCAGUUCAAAACCACUGAACCUAACCCAGAAGAAGAAGAGAAAGAAGACGACCCAGAAUCCCUAAUAUCAUAACUGAGUUUUGCCUCCAUUCCCAUUUUAUCAGUUGCUCUCAAAGGACCAAAGAAUGUAAUGCUUGCUUGUGCUACUAUUCACUCUGAAAUCUGAAUCCGAUGGUUAGAGAACAGCUAAAAUAACUGCAGUCAAGUUUGUUGUAACGGAUUGGAAAAAGGAUAAUGUAAGAAAGUAACUAAAAUAACAAUGCGCGGAUGGUGAAGGUGCGGAGAGGUUUUCGAUGGAGUUGAUAUUCUUGAACGAACAUGUGAGGGAGAUUUUGUUGAAGGACGGGGAGGAAAGGGCGAGGUAUGUGAAGGUUGAUGUGUGAAGGAAGUUCUUUAGCUGGUUCUGGAUGUGCGAGAUGUGGCCGAGUUCAUCGGUAAUACAUACUCUCUGUUAGUAAACGGUUUAUUAUCAAUAAUUGGACAUUUUUCAAGUUUCAACCAUUAAAGUUAUUGAGAUUAGUUGGUUUAUGACUUGGUAUGAGAGUGUUAUGUGAAUGAGAGGUGUUUUGUUCGAAUUUCGACGACCCUCGUUUGUUUUAUUAAGCACAUGAUAUCCGGACCUGUACAACUUGACUUGAUGAAUUAAAUCAAUUUAAGUAGGAAAGUGAAUAUGAACUUUUUUUUAGCUAUUUUAGAGCAUCCAUGGCACGGGGACUCCAUUUAUAACACUAUGAAGCCAACCAUAAGAAAGUUAUAUCAUGACAACCCACUUCUUAAGCCCAUUGCUUCUGGCCCUUUUUAUGGACUUUGGGCCUGACACUUUGUAGGCCUUUUGCAUAAUACCCAAUCAGCACCAACUAGAUGGUCAUCAUCUUCCCAUUCGCAUAAUCUUGAACCCGUCGACUGGUUGUGUCGCCGGAAAACGGUGACGACGAUGAAGAAUGCUGGAUCUUCGAGAAGCCCUCCCAAUUCCAGGUAAGCCCAUUAAUUCUGACCUAUUUUAUGUAUCGAAUUAUCAUUGGUUCAACAUUUAUGCGAUUUGCAAUUAACUUUUGGCAAAAUACACUUUCAUAGCUAUAAUUUUCACGUUUGUGAUAUAGUCACAAAUUCCAGAAAACACAAAAUAGCCAAUUCCGUCCAUUUAAUGGUGUCAUCUUACUUACUAACUGGAUUGACUUUUUUUUUUUGCUAACGCAGUGUUUUUUGUCAAAAAAUCAUGUCAGGGUAGGAAUGCAUACUUUUUAUUAUUAUGAUUAAAUUAAAUUAAAAAAGAAAAACAACAUAAAACAAAAUCGAUCCCUGAUCUCCCCCUCCGCCAUCCCUAAUUCCACCAUGAGAUUUUGUAGCCUCUCUUCAAGCUUUUUGUCACGACUAUUUCUCUGCGGAUCGGAAAAUUGGAGGAUUCGACAAUGCAAGAAAACGAAAGCGCACACACACGACACACGAUUUACUUGGUUCACUAACACAAUGUGUGGUCCACGGACAGGAGAAGUUUCACUAUACUUCAAGGAGAUACAAAUUACAAAGGACUAAAGGAGUAUGAGAAGUAUUUAUAGUACUUCUCCAAGGCCUAACCCUAAUCUAAUAUGGUAAAGGAAAAUCAGUUACAGACCAGGCCCAUGACACGAACCUAACACAACAUUGAGCCCAUACACCGCGAGCCGGGGGCGUAGCGGAUGAUAAUCCGAUUCAAGUCACACCAACACUUUUCAAAAUCAAAGAAAAAAUGAUCUAUCCUCUAAUCCCCCUCACAAUCGAAUAAAGGUCAUCAUCAUUUGAAAUUAGUUCUAUUUUCCCUCGACUCGUCGACAAUUGCCUAUCCUAGACAUUGCCCCACUCGUCGUCAGAAGAUGGAUCGAUGCUGGGUUUGGGAAGAAGUUGACGACAGGGAGCGACAAUCGUAGAUGGAGGAGUCACAGACGAACCCAGAAGCAAAUUGACGAGUAGAGAAUGACAUACCAGAACCCUCUACUAUUCAAAUUGAGUAUCUAGAAAAAUCAAGAACAUCAUCAAUC